AUGCGGUUGUACCGCCUUCCCCUAUACGCAUGGAGUCUGUGGUCAACAGUUUCUGCCCAAACAGAAUCAUCCGGGGCGCAAAUUCAAGCAGCACUGGAAAGCCUCACGAUUACGAACGUCGACGAUGUUCGCGGUAAUCUUCAUCUACAAAGCGCAUCCGAGAAUUAUAACGUUACCUGGAUGAGCAACAAUCCAUCCGUGAUAUCUUCAGAUGGUACUGUGCAGCGACAAAGCGCCGAUACCGUGGUCAAUCUUACAGCAAUCAUCGAUCACGAAGGAGCAACUUCAAAUCGUACAUUUAGUGCCAACGUACGACAAGCGGUCGAACUCGAACCUUUCGAGGGCUAUGCAUUCACGUACUUCACAAACAAUACCUUAGCGGGUGAGAAGAUCUAUCUUGCAGCUAGCGAGGGUAACAAUGCUUUAGACUGGAGAGAGCUCAACAACGGACAGCCCAUCCUCGCAUCUACCGAAGGCACGAAGGGACUGCGUGAUCCCUUCGUAAUCCGUUCGCCUGAAGGCGAUAGAUUCUAUCUGCUCGCCACUGACUUGUCAAUUGGGUCCGGUACUUCCUGGGGAGAUGCGGUCCGUAUUGGAAGUUUGUAUCUGGAGAUUUGGGAAUCCAGCGAUCUCAAAAGAUGGUCACAACAACGACACGUCAAGGUUUCUCCCUCCACUGCUGGGAACACAUGGGCACCUGAGGCAUAUUACGAUGCUGAUCUCGGCUCGUAUGUAGUGUUUUGGGCUUCGUCGUUAUAUGAGGAGAGCGACACGAACCGCACGGGAUCGACGUACCACCGCAUGCUCUAUGUGACCACGCGAGACUUUGUUACAUUUAGCGAGCCUGAGAUCUGGCAGGACGCCAAGAUGUCGCGAAUCGAUACUACAGUCAUACAGGAGGGCGCUACAUUCCAUCGAUUUACUAAAGACGAAGGUGGUACAGGCACCAACUGCACCGACAUCAUCCAAGAGCGUUCGGACUCACUUCUUGCUCCCGUUGAAUCAUGGACUCAGGUUGCCGCAUGCAUUGGUCGCAACGCUGGCACAAGUAAUGUUGAAGGACCGACUGUAUUCAAAGCUAACCCGGGCGAUGUUCACGGCGAGAAGUACUAUCUAUUCGUGGACGAGUACACUGGACGUGGAUACAUUCCGUUAGAGACGGAAGACAUCUCCAAGCCCAACUGGAAGGUUUCCAGCUCAUACAAACUCCCGACCAGCCCACGCCACGGCACUGUAGUCCCGGUGACUGCACGAGAGCUUGCUGGUCUGACUGAGGCGACAGGCAGCCCUGUACUCCCCGGUCUAUAUGCGGAUCCAAAUAUCGCCGUUUUUGGUGAAAAUUACUAUAUUUAUGCGACAACGGACGGUUUCCCUGGCUGGGGCGGCAAUGUCUUCUAUGUGUGGCAGUCCCCUGAUCUCGUAUCUUGGACACGAUCAGUGGAGCCCUUUUUGACCCUAAAUGGCACGAACGGCAACGUACCCUGGGCCACUGGAAAUGCCUGGGCUCCGACUAUCACCGAAAGGGACAGCAAGUACUACUUCUACUUCAGCGGAAACAACCCGGAGUACGACCGCAAGACGAUUGGUGUUGCUGUUGCGGAUUCACCCGAGGGACCCUUUACUGCCCAACCAAAAGCCAUGAUCUUGAACAUUGGAGACUCUUCCAAUGGAAACAUUACCACGGGCCAAGCAAUCGACCCCGAUGUCUUUGAAGAUCCAACUACAGGCAAGUACUACAUCUUCUGGGGCAACGGAGGCUCAGACAUCACUCCCGCACUCUAUGCUGAGCUCACCGACGAUAUGCUAUCUCUGAAGAAUGGCACCACUCGUGUCAUUACAGGUCUUCCUGAGUUCCGUGAGGGUAUCUUUAUGAACUACCGCAAGGGCCUCUUCCAUCUCACAUACUCUAUCGACGACACUGGCUCAGAGAAUUACAGAGUGGGAUAUGCGACAUCUACAAGCGUGCAUGGGCCAUGGACGUAUCACGGUCUCAUACUGCAGAAAGAUGCCUCGCUUGGUAUCCUCGCGACCGGGCACAGUUCCAUCAUCAAUGUGCCGAACACUGACGACUGGUAUAUCGCCUACCACCGAUUUGCCAUUCCAAAUGGCAAUGGAACGAACAGAGAGACCACCAUUGACAGGCUGUACUUUGAUGAUCAGGGAUUGAUCAAGCCUGUUGUACCAACACUCGAAAGUGUGCCAGCACAAACGAUCAAUGCAUAG